UCUUUAUUGCCCUAUCUAAUCUUAAUUCUUCAAUUUUUUUAUUUCCUUUUAAGUCCUUUAAUACCCACUCUAUAAUCACCUAUCUAAUCUUAAUUCUUCAAUUAUUUUGCAGAAAUUAUUCAUCUAGAUCUCUACAUUAAAAGUUUAUCAAGAGUUGUGUUACAUGGCACAUAAAUGUUCUCUUUUCAAAUAUAAUAAUAUUGAAAGGAUGUCAAAGGCUUCAUCAAUAUGGCUGCCUAUAUUCUUUUUAUUUGCUCAACUAUUUCAUGCUUCACAAGCUGAUAUUGGAACUGCCAGCCAGUAUAAGCCACCAUAUACACCAACGGAGUGUUUUGGGAAUGAUCCAACACAGUUCCCAUCAAGCAACUUCUUUGCAGCAGCAGGGGAAGGAAUAUGGGACAAUGGAGCAGCAUGUGGAAGACAAUAUUUGAUCAGUUGUAUUAACUCAGUGUUGCCAAAAGCAUGUAAAGCUGGACAAACAAUUCAGAUAAAGAUAGUUGAUAGAGCAAAAACAUCACAAUCAAGGCCAACUAAAGAAGGAACCACCAUGGUUCUUUCUAAUGCUGCUUUAGCUGCAAUUGCUCUUCCAAAUACACCUUCACUCAAUAUUGAUUACAGACAGGUGUAGAAAUAUUAAUACAGGACGUGGGAGUCACAUUCUAUAUAUUCUAGAAAAUCUGACUAAUUUAUAUCUAUAAUAUACUAGAAUGUAUCUUUGAUUAAUCCGUCAAUUAUUAAUAUUAUUCAUUGACUAAUUAUAUGUUGAAUCGACAAAAUUUGUCAUAUGUAAACGAACAAAAUAUUGAUUAAUUAGCAGCCAUUUUUGAAAAUUGAGACACCUUCA